UGCUGACCGCAUGGUCCGAUUUUUGAGGUCAUUGGACGGCGUGCAGGCGUAAGAACAUCUGGAUAACGCCCAGGGCGAACUUUGCGUAGGUACGAUGGGAGAUAAUAGCAGCGAAUUCACAGCGGCUGGCAAGAUGAACCGAUGGAGGGGCCGAGUGGAAGCAUGUACAUGCAAUGCUGGAACAAUGGUUUGAGAAGAAGAGAGGCUGGCGGCAACCGAGGUUGCGCUUCUUGCGCACCCACCGAAUAUCAACCGCCUUUCUGACAGCCUCCUCGCUCACGUUCACCAAUACCUUCAGUCUUGUGAUGCACGUGAGAACAAUGAACAUAUACUCCUCCUUCCUUUGGCGAUUCGAGACCUUCACCUCAAGCCCACUCAACAUGAUGUCACCAGAACACAAUCAACCGCCUUGCCUCAGGCAGCUCGCACAAUGCGCGUUGGCACAAACAACCUCCCCAAGCAACCGCUUGUUGAAGCACGCCAGAUAUUCGCAGUCUUUGUCCAUCCUUGUUGUCUUUCGACUUCGUUGCUCAUCACAAAGGGCAUGAUGUCGCCUCCGUCUUUAUCAUCGCAUCAAACAUCGGUGAAGCUUGUCGUUUUGUCGAUGUCUAUGUUUGCGUGUACGUCGUCAUCACAGUAUACUUCUCAGUGAGAUGCCA